GCGAAGGACACAGAAACCAAGGCUAACAUUGUAGCGUUCACCAUCCCCGUUGGCGCGUCCUACCAAAAUCGACCACCAGCCCUCUAAAUGGGAUAAGGACUGUUACUCUUCAUCUAUUUCUUCCUCACACUACCACCAAGUCAACUUGCAACAGCAUUUUCUAUGAUUUCAACGAUGAAGAGUCUGUCAAUUAAGGACGCACUGUUACCGCAACCGCCUAGCUUCGGGAAGAAGAAGAAUUACGAAGUUCACCAGGUGCUCGGCACUGGCACUUUUGGGAAAGUAGUGCAUGCGACAUGGAAUGUGCCUCCGGAACUGGUAGCGGUUUCUGAGCGUGGGGCAAUCGCGAGUGUCGCUUCUGAAAUGCAAGUAUCUUCACCGUUAUCUCCAGUAGCCGUUCAAAAAGAGGUCGCGCUCAAGAUGAUACCUAAGAAAAAGGUCAAGGGCAACGAGGCUAGCGUCUGGGGAGAAAUGGAAGUUCUCAAGGGCUUGGAUCACCCCAACAUUGUCAAAUUUUACGAAUGGUUCGAGUCGCGUUCCAAGUACUAUCUCUCCUUCGAGUUAGCUGUUGGUGGGGAACUGUUUGAAAGGAUCCUGAAGAGGGGAAAGUUCACUGAAGAGGAUGCAGUGAGUGUUGUACGAUCCAUUCUUGCUGGUGUACGCUAUCUCCAUGAUCAUGACAUUGUGCAUCGUGAUCUAAAACCCGAGAAUAUCCUCUACCGAACCAAGGACGUGGAGAGCGACAUUGUCAUUGCUGAUUUCGGGAUAGCGAAACAUCUGCACUCUUCAGAAGAAAAGCUCCAUAGUCUGGCCGGUAGUUUCGGAUAUGUUGCGCCGGAGGUAUUGAAUAACGAAGGCCAUGGAAAAGCGGUGGAUAUGUGGUCAACUGGGAUCAUUACCUACGUGCUACUCUGUGGCUACUCUCCAUUCCGAUCGGAGGAUGUCAAAAUGCUCAUCCGAGAGACGACCGAGGCGAAAAUAGAGUUCCACGAGCGGUAUUGGAAGAACGUCUCUGUCCAAGCCAAAACUUUCAUAAAAUCGCUCCUCAACCCUGAUCCUGUGAAACGACCGACGGCUGCAGAGGCGCUCAACGAUCCUUGGCUCACGACGCACACCGCCAACACCGAGCACGACCUCGGAGCGGGCCUGCGUGACCACUUUGAUCCUCGAGCGCGGUGGCGCUCGGCUAUCGCUUCUGCACGGGCCAUCCACCGUCUCGGCAGCAACAUUAGCUCACGGUCGACAUCUUCGACUGCGACAAACAGUAGCGGCGGCUGGGAUGACGAUGAACGGGAAACGCGUGAUGAUGACUCAAAAGCAAAACAGACAGAGCAUCCAGGGCAUAACGAGCACGUUCAGGUAACUGGACCUGACGAGGGUGAUCAAUGCCCAGCUCUUGAUACACCGCCUCCGCAUGAGGUAGACGAACCUGUCCCACCUCCGAAAGUUGUCGACGAACCUGCACCGCCUCCGAAAGUUGUGGAUAAACCUGCGCCAGCGGAACCGAAGAAGGCAGAACAAGACGAGAUGAAUGCCUUGCGGAUGCCGGGAUCGUUUGAUUUUUCUGAUACUUCCUCCCAUCACCAUCAUCAUCACCAAGGUUGGGGCGAGUUUGUCAGGAAGUUGCGGUUGGGCGGAUGACAAUUAUGGAUAUUCUUUAUUUUUUUUUUCGUUUCUCUUACUGUCUGUCUAUCUAUCGGUGCCUGAUAGCUCCUUAAGGCCGGCCUUAUUCCUUAUGGCUAGCUACUGCUCGCGAUCUAUUGUAUGAACUAGGACGAUAUACCACACUUUAUCUUAUUGUGUUUUCGGGAACAUGACUGCAGG